CCUGGCGACGAGGCGGCUCCCGCGGGGGCCUCGGUGUGCUAUGCGUCCCCGCCCAGCGUGGGCUCGGUGCAGGAGCUGGCUCAGCGCGCCGCGGUGAUGAUCGAGGGAAAGGUGCACGCGUCGCGGCGGCAGCAGGAGGCACUCGACAGGAAGGCGGCGGCGGGCGAGGCAGGGGCGUGGGGAGGCGAGCGCCAGCCGUCAGCCACAGGCCCGGGAGCGCUGCCUGCCGCCAACGGGACCGUGUCCCCCUGGCCCGCGGGCCCCGCGCCCAGCGCCGCUGAGCCCGGAGACGAGGCGCCCUAUCUGGUGAAGGUGCACCAGGUGUGGGCGGCGAAAGCCGGGGGCUUGAAGGACUCGCUGCUCACCGUGAGCCUGGGCGCCUGGGGCCACCCCGCGUUCCCCUCCUGCGGGCGGCUCAAGGAGGACAGCAGGUACAUCUUCUUCACGGAGCCCGAUGCCAACAGCAGCGGCCGCGCGCCGGCCGCCUUCCGAGCAUCCUUCCCUCCUCUGAAGACGGGCCGGAACCUCAAGAAGGAAGUCAGCCGGGUGCUGUGCAAGCGGUGCGGUAGCACGAAGCCAUUUUAA